UAUUAGUCCAUGCUAACAGCAAACAUGGCGUCGGAAAUCAGUGAUUCACUAAUUCCACCGAGGAAUAUUUCCUCGAUUAAGAAUAAAGAGCGCAGAAGUCAACUUUACAGAGAAAUGAAACGCGCUAAAAAGAAGGCCAAACUACAGGAAAAGAAGAAGAAAGUGCGUGAAGCCAAGGCAAUGGGUGAGAAGGCACCACCAAAACAAGUACCAAAGACUUUGGAAAAUAUGAGAGUUUUUGAUGAAACAAUGGUGGAUCCAGAAGAUGAAGAGGUAGCUGCAGAUGAAGAGCAAGAUGAGUUAUCAUCCUAUUUUCAUAGAGACACAGUGCCAAAAAUCCUCAUUACUACAACAGAUCGUCCUAGCAGUAGAACAAACAAAUUCUGCAAAGAAUUGAAAAAAAUAAUCCCAAAUUCUGAAAUCUAUUACCGGCGUGGCCUUGAUCUAAAGAAGAUUAUACCCCAGGCUGUGUCACGUGACUUUACAGUUUUGCUUGUUGUCAAUGAAGACAAAAAAGAGCCCAAUGGACUGGUGAUUAGCCAUCUGCCAGAUGGCCCAACUGCACACUUUAAAAUGACAAGUGUUCGACUCACAACAGACAUCAAGCAUGUUGGUGCCAUGUCUGCCCAUCAGCCUGAGCUAAUCUUUAACAACUUCAAUACAAGACUGGGUCAUUCUGUGGGGCGUCUUUUAGCAAGUCUCUUUCAUCCAGAUCCAAAUUUCCAUGGUCGUCGAGUGGUUACUUUUCACAAUCAAAGAGAUUUCAUCUUUUUUCGCCAGCACAGAUAUGAAUUCAAAAAUGGUAAAAAGGUGGCUCUUCAUGAACUGGGUCCUCGUUUUACCCUUAAACUUCGUUCACUACAGAAAGGCAGCUUCGAUUCAAAAUUUGGCCAGUUUGAAUGGAUACAUAAGCGUCAUGAAAUGGAGACCAGCAGGAGAAAAUUCUUCUUAUGAUUAAUCUGGACAUUAUGCAAUGGAGGAAAAUUUUGUCUUGAAUGUUGUUUUUUUGUCUUGUUUUCUUUUGUAAAUAAAAUCAGUGCUUAUGACAGUG